AACAAUAUGAGUGGAAGUAACCAAAAUUCGCUUAAAAUCAUCCAACAACAACUCUGAACUCUUUGCAAAAGUCCAAAGGUGCAGCUAGAUGUAUUUAAAAAUUGUUAAAGUGCAGCUAAUGUUUAGAUUAUAAUUUCGAAGAUACGUGGUUAUUAAAAAGUGAGUGAAUUUUCAACAGAAUUGUUAUGUAAAUGUUGAAAAUGUAUAAAAAUGCCAGAAGUUUGCGAAUUUAUGCUAUCGUUUCGUUUCCCAAAUCGAGUGUAAGCUGUUGAGUUAUUAGUUUACAGUGCACAGCAUUGUUUUUGCAACAAUAAUGCUUUACAGAGUAUAUUGUGAAUGAUUGUUUCUCUCGUCACGUACACCUAGUUUUUUUUUGUAAUAAGUAAAAGAACUAGCACUUGUGUACGAAGGAAAUUUUUCUUGCCGUAAUCUCUUUAUUGAAUUUUGUCGGGACGAAAAAAAAAAAUAGUGAAACUUAUUAAGCUUGUAAAUAAUAUGUUGAUUAAUUUAACAACAAAUGAAUAUUAUGUUAAUUACAGUGUAGUGUGUUUAAUGUAAGGUUUUUGUCUCUUAAUACUAAUGGAAAAAAGAAAGUGUUAAAAACAGAAAUUGCAAAAAUCUGUAAAUGAUUAGUAUUUUAGGAAACAAUUACAACGUGACACAAUAAAGUUCAGAUAUAAACGGAAACAAAAAUGUCUGCUAACGAUAUACCUCGCAUUAUGGUAUUUCGGCCUACGUGGGAUGAAUUCAAAAAUUUCCCAAAAUAUGUAGCGUUUAUGGAAUCGAAAGGGGCGAAUAAAGCUGGAUUGGCAAAAGUUGUGCCACCGCCAGAGUGGAUACCACGUAAGAGCGGCUACAAUGAUUUGGAUGCAUUAAAUAUAACAAUACCGGCACCCAUUUGUCAAGUGGUCACCGGUAAACAAGGUCUCUAUCAACAAAUUAAUAUACAAAAGAAACCAUUGACGGUUAAGCAAUUCUCGGAAUUGGCUAAUACCGAACGUUAUCAGACCCCAAAGCAUUUCGAUUAUGAAGAUUUAGAAAGAAAAUAUUGGAAAAAUAUAACUUAUGUAGCUCCGAUUUACGGUGCUGACGUUAGUGGAAGUAUAACAGAUACUGAUCAGGACAGUUGGAAUAUUAAUCGUUUGGGUACAAUACUCGAUUAUGUUAACGAGGAUUAUGGGAUACAGAUCGAUGGUGUUAACACUGCUUACUUAUAUUUCGGCAUGUGGAAGACUACCUUCGCAUGGCAUACCGAAGAUAUGGAUUUAUAUUCUAUAAAUUAUUUGCACUUUGGUGCACCAAAAACUUGGUAUUCGGUGCCACCAGAGCAUGGUCGUAAAUUAGAAAAAAUUGCAAAUCAGUAUUUUCCGGCCAGUUAUCAAAAUUGUAACGCUUACUUGAGACAUAAAAUGACUCUAAUUAGUCCACAAAUACUCAAACAGCAUGAUGUACCGGUAAAUAAGAUCACCCAAGAGGCGGGUGAAAUUAUGAUAACUUUUCCGUUUGGUUAUCAUGCGGGUUUUAAUCAUGGUUUCAAUUGUGCUGAAUCAACAAAUUUCGCAAUGGAACGAUGGAUUGAAUAUGGCAAACGUGCCAGUCAAUGCACAUGCAGUAAUGAUAUGGUGAAAAUAUCGAUGGAUACAUUUGUUAAACGUUUUCAACCGGAACGCUAUCAAGCCUGGCUUGCUGGUACUGAUUACGGUCAACAUCCUGAAGAUCCACCUAACGCAAUAGUGCCUGCCCCGUUGCCCUCACAUUUGGACGUUAUGUGUAAUAAAAAUAAUGGGGGUGCUGAUGCUGAUGUUCCAAUGCAUGUCAUACAAAGAAUGAAAAAACAAUGUAAUCCCACUAAAGUGAAAUCGUUCAAAGAACGUAAUCCCGAUUUAGACUUGGAUGAAAUACAACAGAAUCCCAAUAUACCCGAUGAUAUUAAAGCCGUGCUUAAAGAAAGCGUAUUAACUUUAGAUGCCGGCGAGGAAGAGCCAGCCAUAGUAGGCGAUGAGAACGAUACAAGUGAAUUAUGCACGAGCAAUUUUAAAUCAGAAAAGGAACUUUUAGCUUACAUAGACGAUGGCGCAGACGAAGAGGAUGAUGAUGAUUUUAAGAAACGACGAAAUAAACGCAAAUCGGACGCGGAUUAUGAUGAUGAUUGGUUGGUUACGAAAAGACGUACGAAUUCGAGGAAUAGCACUGGUAAAGGACGCAGUCCUAGAGGCAAAGACAAAUUAAAAGAUGACCGUUCCAUAUCGCCAGCAUCGUCAACCUCUUCGACAUCAACUGCCAAAAGCGGUCGUCGAAGCGGUGGUGGUGGUGGUGGUGGUGGUGGCGGCAGCAGCAGCAGCAACGGCACCGGUAAUCAAAACUCUAGCACAAAAUUACCACGGAAAAAUUCUACCAGACGGAAGAGAUCAGAAGGUUCUCUACACCUUAAUCAUAGUAGUUGUAAUUCGUUUAAAACAACAGCAAAAUUAACAUUAAAUCAGCCAACAUCUGGCGGCGUUAGUAAUGGUGGUGGUGGUGGUGGUAGUGGAGGUGGAGGUGCAGACUCUGAAAGUAAAACUUAUCCGGCGAAUAAUUACAGUUUCGCUGCUGUGAUUAGCGAACAUCCUUCAUUGCAUUUUAUGCAACAACGGCGUAAAUUUGAGGGUAAAAUACCGAAACUGAAUCAACAAUCUCAACAGCAGCAGCAGCAGCAGCAGCAGCAGCAACCACAACAGCAGCAGCAAACACAAAUGACCACAAAAUCGACGGCGAUUGAACCAAUAACUUCCUCCACAACAACAACCUCCCCAACAACAAAUCCAAUAAUAUCCACUUCGACUACAACAGAUGCUCGCGUGGUUGUUCAGGCAAUCGUUCCCGCAUCUUCUACAGCGCUAUCAUUAGCUGGGGCUUCGUCAGCAACAGCAACUUAUACAAAUUCUAGUCAAGAUCAAAAUCCUACGGAGCAGCAUACAAUAAUUUACAGCAACAGCAUGUUGCCGGCAGCUAACACUCUAAAUGGUAUUCCCAAUCAUCAGCCUCCUCCGCAGUAUAUAACAAUGCAAGUGGCAUCGAGUGAUGCGCUAAGUCCUAGCAAUCAUAAUACAAGUCCUCCGGCCACUGCCACAACCAAUACUGACGGUACAUUAUUUCAAUAUAAAUCCGAAAUUAUAUGCGAUAAUCAAAGGUAUCAGGCAUCACAACCGCAAACACAAAACGUCCAUAAUGCUUUAAUAUCGGCGGGCAACAACGGCGGCUCUCAAGACAAUGUGGUCACCACUAUUAGUUCGUCCCCCUUACUGCUCACCACAACUUCAACCAAUGCCGCUGUCAAUGAUACCAACACCAUCAGUCACCUUGCAACAACCGGCACCGUGCUCCACGACAACAGCGACGGCAAUGCCAUUGUGCACAUACAUCACAACAACAACAACAACAAUGAUAGCGGAAGCCAACGGCAACCACAAUAUCACUACAUUACCACCACCAGUGCCGCCGCCGCCAGCAACGGAAGCGGAAACUGCACCGAUAACGGGCCGACUACGGCAACAACGACCAUUGUUUAUGAAAACUAUGAAGAAGCCAGCGGUUCAUCAAACGGAGGCAGUACCAUCAUCAAAUUUGAAGGCAGCGAAUAUGAAGUAAUUAAAAGUGAACCUAUACUCGAACAAGAGCCACAGCAUCAGCAACAACAACACCAUCCGCAACAAGAAGACGUUCUUAUUAAAUAUGAAGAUGAAAGUUUUGAAGACGAGUGCUACGAGGAAUUCCAAUCUAUUGUUGCCUCGCCGCAGUCUCAAGCCCAGUCUGCACAAAUUGAUCCGACACAAAACCAAGUAGAUGAACAACAAGAACAACAACAAUCGCAGACAAUUACUUAUAAAACUAUAACGAUGCAUGACAACGAUAACAAUCAAACCGUUACUGAAUCUAUAGCGGUUCCCAUUCCGCCUGCGGGGCCUAUUAAACAAAAACGUAAACGUAAAACACGAACAGUUUCGGGGGAUGAACAGGGAGAAUAUCUGGAAAAAAUGUCUGUGCGAGGCCUUGAUAUUCAACGGUACGAACACAUAAUCGAUGGUGUUUCCUAUUGCUUGGUUUGUGCCAAAAAUAAUGUUUUCAAGACUUUUAAAAACAAAUACAGCUUUCAACGACACGCUUACCUCUUUCACGAGGGGGUCAAUCGUAAAAUUUUCGCAUGUCCAAUAUGCAAUAAAGAAUUUUCUAGACCAGACAAAAUGAAAAUGCAUAAAAAAGAUAAGCACGGCGAUAUUAUGGCAGCUGCAACGGCGGCCAAUGUCGACAAAAUUGCAAUCGAAAGCGUAGCCUUAACUCCGCCGUCGGCUAAGAAAUCUCGCUCUACUGGCAACACUAAAACUCCCAGAACACGCAGACCACGCAAUAAUUUACCCAAUUUAAAGAAGAAUAUCGUGAAAGAAAGCCCUGCCAAAGAUGCUGCUACCCAAAAACGUUUAGCUCAAAUUGAUAGCGUGUUAGAUGAAGUCCAAAAUGCCGACUCGGACCAUUCCACGGAAGGCAGUGGCCUCCAAAUUCAAAGUUCGACUAUACUGCAACCGGCUACAGUUCAGCAUAGCAUAUCGGCUUCACAACAACAACAGCAGCCGCAGCAUCAUCCAUUGCCUUCAAUAGAUUUCAACGGUAUGAUACUACCAGGAGGGGCUCAGUUGGCCAUUGCUAAUACACAACAGCACGCUAAUAGCUUGCUGCAACAACCGCAACAGUCCAGUGUUAUAACCACGCAAACGCCGCACCAAACAACAGUGGCUGCAGCUAAUAGCAAUGGUCCGACCACUACUACCUUAAUCUAUUCCAAUCAAAUUGACUUGCAGCAAGCAUUACUGCAACAGCAGCUGCAUGGCCAAAGCAUUAUGAUACAGGAUCAAGCUGGCAAUUUAGUGCCAUUGCCCUCGAUACAAACAAUAAAUGCUAAUGCGACCUUAGAUGGCACGCAAACUAUAUAUACUACUCAGGCACCUGCUAGACAACACAUUCAGCUACAAUCACAACCAGCUCAGGCAACUGGUACAACCACACUUCAGCAAGCUCAACAAACCUUAGUGACGCAUCAGCCGCAAAUUAAAGUUGAAAGUGCACCUCAGCCUUCCUCCAAUUCCAAUACCACUACUUCUAGUCAUGCAUCGGCUCAACAUUACGAGCUUGAAAAUGUAGCCUAUCUAUCAUCGACCGCUGCUACACCGGCAGCUCCGUCAUCCAGUAGCGAUCCGCAACAUAUUACCGGCACAUUACAAACUUAUCAAAUUCUUACGCCAGAUGGCUUACAAAGCUAUCAAACCACAGCUACUAAAUUGGAACCAAAUGAAUUGGCUGAACUGUGCCCUACGUACAGCAUGGGCACCAGUACGCCGCAGUAUACAUUUAGUAAUCAUUUAACAACUGCGGCUGAUCCUUCGCUGCAUCCCCAGCACCACCAACAACAGCAACAAACCCACCAAGCUUCAACGAAUAGCCAUCCAAGCUUACAUCAUCAAACAUUAACCCAUCAUCAAGGUACGCAACAACACCAUCAGCAUCCACAUCAGCCGCAACAACAUCAACAUCAGCCUCAACACCAUCAAUUGACUACAUUGGCGGCGGCACCCUCCCAUCAUCAUCCCCAUCAUCAAUUUAUGGAAUUGAAAAAUGAUUUAUUAAUAAAAAGUGGUGACGCAUAUGCCUUGGAUGCGGCGACUUCAAUGUAUCAUUUGCCCUUCUCGCCUACGUCUAUGAUAAAUGCAGUUAGUGACGUAAACGCAACGUCAUUAUUGGAAACCAAAGAAAUUAGCAGUAUCUGCGAACAUGUAACGAGCACCAGUAACAACAAUAAUAGCUUCAAAAUUAUACGUACACUGGCCAGAGAUCUGAAUAAGAGUGGUGGACGUACCAAUGUCAUCAUCAACAAUAUUAAGAAAUCCAAUAGUCUGCCGUUAACGUCUACUGGACGCCCUAUACAAAUUUUGCUCACCCGCAAACUAACUGGUCCAGCGUUGACUGCUCCCAAAACUAAAACAAGUGUAGUCCCGAAAUUAACAAACGCUGUUACAGCGACUGUUGUAAGCGCUCCCGUUAGCUCUCCUGCUGCAGAAACAGUUAUCAUUGGAGAUGAUGAUGAUGAUGAUGAUGACGCUGAUGCUGAUGUCGAUGCUGACGCUGGUGCUGAUGCUGAUGCUGCCGAAGAAGGCGAAAAGGCCAAGUCAUGUAACUCACCAGUAGAUAUCUUACCGGCAAGUACUGCAGAAAUUCUUAAACGCUAUCCUAUACCGAAGGGUACAGCUCUAACCGCGAAGUUUUGUGAUGAAUCUAGUCCGACUAAUAUGCCGACUACACUCAUGUCGCCGCCUUUAACUUCGAAUGGCGAUGUUGAAAAUACCUCCGCUUUAAUGGAAUAUGUUGAAGAAGUUCUUGACGGUGACGAUGACGACAAUGCAACCCCUACUAUGGUUGAUAUUAAGGACGACGUUGACAUGCAUGAAUUUGUGGAGGAAUCUAAUGAUCCAACGGAUAACAACGAACUAAUCGAGGAGGUGGAAGAAACUGAUCAAGUUGAAUACUUAACCUCAGAAGAAAUUGAAGAAAAUGAUUUGAUUGCUGCGGUAACAUCAAAUACCUCUCCUAAUAACUCCAAUACGCUAACGGCAGAACAUUCAACCAGCAAUACAAUAACAACGCCACAGAUUAUACAAACUAUACAACCAGAUGGUACUAUAGCGUGUUUUCAAUUACCUCCUAAUGCCAUACUGUUAUCGACGUCAGAUGGUACUAUAUUAGCGAGCACAGCUCCGCAUCCCAAUAAAUCUGAUGAAGAACAAUUUGCAGCGCUACAAGACUGGAAUGAGCCUGGUAUCAAACUUUUGCAGGUUAACAGCAAUAGCAGUUCAUUAGCGACGCCUACAGCAGCACUUGCUACUACUCAUCCUUCCCAACAGCCUACAACAGUUAUAGUGACAGCAGAUGGCACCACUAUACCGUUGCAUACAACGCAAACCAAUCAUCACUUGACAGCGCAACUUGCUCAAAACUCCACACUAAAUACUUCGACCCCCGUCGCGGUAAUAGCAACUAAUGAAGCGACAUUAAAAGGACAAGUACUGGCGUAGGGUUUAGCUGGCGACCAAUUAGGUCGACUUUUAAAUAAUUCCACAAUUUUGCCAACAACAUAUUUUUUUUAAAUCAAAAAAAAAAAAAAAUUUCUUAAAUCGCGUUGCGAUAAAAUUCGUUUAUAUUAAACAUUUUGUACUCAAUGCAUGAAAGGAAUAAUUAUACGUAGUUUGAAAAUCUCUUGGAGGCCACGCUCCCCCCAAAAAAACUAUUUUGAAUUAAGCUUUCAUAAACUUCUUUCACUAGCCUUUUCAACAUGGAAUUGUGAAAAUCUGCAAAACCUUAAUUUCCUUAUACUAUGUACAACUUGUUUGUUUUUUGUGCACAUAUAUAUCUUUAAAUGACCUUAAUUGGACCAGUACUAUGACCAUGAUAUCAUUUUUAUUUAUUUACUUGUAACACAAUAGCAAUAUAGAGGCGCGCCUUCACACUUGUUUCCUUUUCACGCAGGUACAAUCAAUUUAAUCUGAAUAUCACCAAUAAAUGUUAGGGUUAAAAUUGAAACAUCUUUUCAUAGUAGUCGAGCUUUUGAAACAAGUGUAGCAAUAUUUGUUUUCAUCGUCUCACAACUUCUUCAUAAAUUUCGAAGUACACAUAUCACUUUCAAUUUGUCUAUCGUUGGUCCUGUCUAAACUUAUUCGUUAUUUGUAUUCGCCAUACGGAGUGGACUGGACUGUAUUAGAUCUUUGUAUUCCCCAUACGGAGUGGACUGGACUGUAUUAGAUCAGCGAAAUGUUUGUAAAGGAUAUGUCAUAUAAUGUGUGUGCAUUGUGUGAAUAGCGGAACCAAUUUCGUCAUUCGCCCGUUUAUGAAAACCACGAACAUUAACCCACAACUUUCGUUAAGAUUCGUCGAAAUUCCAGAUGAAAGGUCAAAAUAAAUUUUGAAAAUUCUCAUCGGCAUAUCGAGAGUUCGAAAGUUAGCUAAAUAUAGGAUCUAGGUUACCCUCAAAAUUAUUUAAAAAUUUGAAAAGAAAGCAUUUCUAGUAAAUAGAACAGAAUAAGAAAGUAUUGGGCUCAGUUUAUAACAAAAUGUGUCUCCAAAUUCAACUUGGCCAUGUAAAAUUGCCAUUCACCAAUAUAUAAUUAUAAUCAUUCUCUCUUUCUCUCUCUCUCUCUCUCUCUCUAUCUCUCUCUCUCUAUCUCUCUCUCUCUCUCUUUCUGUCUGCUCUGGGAGAGUACACUUCUGAUAAAAGCGAAUAUACAACACUGUAGCUGUUAACCUUGCAAGAUAAAAUUUACAUAACCAACUAUGAGAUGCAGUCACAUAUGUAAGCAUGCCGAAGAUAUCUUCACAUUUCCACCUAUGAGAUUCGGUCAACGUAUACAGAUAUGUAUGCAUGUUUGGAGAUAUCUUUUUCACUUUUCCUGUUUUCGAAUUUAACAUAAGCAUCCUUCUCUCUUGUUUACACUAGAUUUGAAAGGAAAUCCGUUUUUGUUGAUAGGUGAUUCUUGAGUCAAUUUCCAAACUGGAGUAACUCUUGUGCUUUAUUGAUUGAUCGUUUUUUCACUUAGACCCGGUCAUCUACUAUCCACAACUUUUAUUGGAAUUCUUUGUUUCGAAAGGCGAUUUUCUUUCGCAAAAGAGAGCUGAUCAUUUUAAUAUUGAAAAUUAUAUGCGACAUUUUCAGUGAUUGCAGGUAAUUGCUACUGCGAAGAUAUUUGGGGCGUGUACCUUUUUAUCUUUAUUAAAAUCAACUUCACGUAAAUAUUAGAUCAUCGUUUCUACUCUUGCUAUAUAGAUGUUGGGGAAGCGUCGUUCUUCACUCGAUCAAUCAUUGAUCAAAUCGAUCAGACACGUGAUCACAUUUCAUCUUACGACACCGCUGCAAACAUAUUUUGUUCAUUGCUUACACGCCUCAACGGUGUAAAGGUAGCUACGAAGAUCACUUGGUUUUGUUUUUCGCUCAGCGAUUUCAAAAGUUCUACCAUGAAGGCAAUUAUGAUUUCAUUAGAAGAUGACAAAAGGUUUUCCCAUCCAACUUGCAAGUUCGUUUAACAUAUCGCAAAAAUGACAGUGAAUUUUAGAGGAAAAAAAAAAAAA